CACAGAACUUUCUUAUUCCUUCCUCGACCUCGACCUCGACCUUCCUCACGCGGUUGUGAACUUGCCCAACUUGUCAGUCGAACUCACUCACCACCGCAUUGUACAAUUUUUUCGGCAACAUCGUCAACGUGGUUCUGUUGUCAACAACCACGUCGUCAUCCCCUCUGCGGUUCACCCUCGGCAGCAUAUUCGGCGCGAGGAUAGUCCUCUCCCCUACGGAUAUCCCGGCGAGUCCAAUGCAGUAGAAAUAAGGAUGCUUCGGGUUCCAAAGCAUGGAUUCCUGUGGAG